GAAGUGCCUCCUGUCUACGCAGCACCAGCAGCAGCUCCCGAGAUGCCUCCCAUCUAUGCCGCGCCAGCUGCUGCGCCUGAGGUGCCCCCGAUCUACGCCGCCCCUGCGGCUGUGCCGGAAGUACCCCCCGUCUAUGCCGCGCCUGCUGCGGUCCCCGAAAUGCCGCCGAUCUAUGCGGCCCCAGCUGCAGAGGUGCCUCCCAUUUAUGCUGCGCCCGCUGCCGUGCCAGAAGUGCCACCAGUGUACGCUGCACCCGCCGCAGCUCCCGAGGUUCCGCCAGUAUAUGCUGCCCCAGCUGCCACCGCAGCCACUGCAGUAUACGCAGUUCCUACGGCGUCCCCGGUGUACCACUAUGUCCCGGCAGAGGUACCGCAGACAUACACGUACACCUAUACGCCAUCCAACGUGACCCGGCCUUCUCCAGUUCAGUACACC